UGUCCGCCUGUGUGCCCGGAGCAGGACAGGUUGUCUCACCUUCCAGCCGCUGACACCUGAACAUGGAGGCCGAGUACCGGGGCCUGGGCCGCUGUGUGUGCAGCUUCUGGCUGGCUGUCGCCUUUGACAUCGUGGGCCUGACCGUGCUCCUCCUCGGGGUGUUCGUCAACGUGUUUUUCUUUGACCUGCUCAUCUACGCAGGCGCCAUCGUCAUCUUCCUCAGCCUCAUCUGGUGGGUGUUCUGGUACUCUGGGAACAUCGAGGUGCCCCCGGGGGAGCUGGAGGAUGACGUCGGCCUGCUGAAGAAGAAGGGCCCCGCGGGCGGCAUCGGCGGGGUAGUGAGGCGGCUCUCCAGCCGCGUCUCCAACGGAAUCAGGAACUCUUUCCGCCGGAACGGAGGCCGCGCAAGCCGAGCGCAGAGGUCAGCCGCUGGGACUGCGGAGUCCCGGCAAACGGGACAGGUGGCCGUUGCCAUGGAGACGGUGGUCCCGCAGGAAAGCCCCCCGCACACUGCUGUGUUCCCCGUGGCUGGCGGUGACGUAGAGAUGCCGCACACAACUAUGGAGACUUCACCCACAUAACAGGUGGACAGAGACACACCCACUUCCUCUCAGCGUUCGCUCUGGAGUCAGUCUGACCUGCAGAACUCUUCAGUUUACUCAUGUGGACAACACAUUUUAUAACUAUUUAUGUUUUUAGAAGGAAAACAUGUUCAUAUAUUUCAAAUCAACACCAGCAGAUACUGACUUAAGAUCUUCGUAUUGACCUGGGAAUGUGUUCUUAUAGCAGCUGAAGUUUUUAUGUUUGUUCCAGUUUUCCGCGUGGAUAUGAUCUGUGUGCCGACUCCCAUUUUGAAAACAGAUGAAAAUGAUGGGUUAGAACUGAGAACGGGAUUUUUAUUUUGAUCAGACUGAAAACUGAGAGUUAAAAAGAAACAGAAUUAAUGAAAAAAAACCCAAUCUCUUUGCUCAUGUUGUUUAAAAUAAUGUGUUGUAUUUUAUAUAAAGUGAAUAAUGUGAAAUUUUCACAUUUUUUACUCUUAAAUCUGACUCAGAGAUAUUUUCUAUACUUGUUGGUGCUUGAUGAACAUGUUUGUUAAGAUGUUUGUGUUGUGUUUGGCGUCACUGACACCUUCAGAUGAAAAAUACUUUAAUAAAAAGACAAUGCACUAUAUUAUCAAUAACA